AUGGGGCUCGUGCGACGUCCCGACUUGACGCACGGUGUGGUCUCGCUACUCUCUCGUCAUCACCCCAGUCAACUACAACCUCUUCGCCGUCAACCUCUUCCUCGCGUUCGCUGGCGGCACGCAGCUCUUCCGCAUUUGGAGAUUCGACCAAGAGCAGAAGGCCAAGGCAAAGCAAGAGGAUUAGACGCAGCGCACACACACGCACACACACACGCCUACACACACACACCUACACACACACACACGCUCACACACACACACGCUCGCACACACACACGCCUACACACACACACCUACACACACACACACGCUCACACACACACGCUCGCACACACACACCUACACACACUCACACACCUACACACACACGCUCACACACACACACACCUACACACACACACCUACACACUCACACACCUACAAACACACACCUACACACUCACACACCUACACACACACACCUACACACACACACCUACACACUCACACACACACACCUACACACUCACACACACCUACACACACACACACCUACACACACACACACCUACACACACACACACCUACACACACACACCCACCUACACGCUCACCCACCACACGCUCACCCACCUACACGCUCACCCACCACACACACCCACCACACACACUCACCCACCACACUCACACACACACACACUCACCCACCACACUUACCCACCUACACGCUCACCCAACACACUCACUCACACCCACACACACACUCACUCGCCCACAACAACCGCCAUUCGCCACAGAGUGGCGGUGACGUCACCACGGUGCUUGUGCCAGGCUAAGUGCACUUUACGGCCAUGUGAACUGUCAAAGGCUUGCUGGCAAGAGGAGGUCACGGGACAGACACAGCUGGUGCUAUGGGUUGACUGCUGUGCCAGGCUAGGUGCAGGAGGUCACGGGACAGACCCAGCUGGUGCCAUGGGUUGACUGCUGUGCCAGGCUAGGUGCAGGAGGUCACGGGACAGACCCAGCUGGUGCCGUGGGUUCACCGACCAAGAAGACUGUGGCCCCUACUGUCCCAACUCGCUGUGUUUUGGCUGCCCAGUGCUCCGCUCACUCACACACACUGACACACUCACACCCACACUGACACACUCACACACUGACACACUCACCCACCCUCACACCGACACACUCACUGACACACUCACCCACACACUCACUCACCCUCACAAUGACACACUGACACACACUGAAACACCCCCGCGCUGACACACUCACCCACACACUAACACACUCACUCACCCACACACUCACACACCCACCCACACACUCACCCCCACACUCACACACACUCACCCACACACUGACACACUCACCCACCCCCACACUGACACACUCACACCCUGACACACUCACCCCCACACUCACACACAUUCACGAACACACUGACACACACACCCACAUACACACCCACACACUCUCCCACACACACGCACACACUCACGCACACACAGACAUAUCCCCUUAGUCGCACACGCACAAAGCGCGCUAACCGCUGCGCCACCGCUCCCCACCCACCCAGUGCCGCUCAUUUCGUGAACGCCUCCAGAGCUUUGCCAAGAGCUCGGGGAGGCUUCACUCGACAGCUCCUUAAGCUCGUGGAUCCACUCCCAUUUCACCUCCAAAUCCACUCACAUUCCACUCUCAUUUCACCUCCAUUUCACCUCCAAUUUCACUCCCAUUUCACCUCCAAUUUCACUCCCAUUUCACCUCCAAUUUCACUCCCAUUCCACCUCCAAUUCCAUUUCACCUCCAAUUCACCUCCCAUUUCACCUCCAUUUCACCUCCAAUUCCAUUUCGCCUCCAUUUCACCUCCAAUUCCACUCCCAUUUCACCUCCAAUUCCACUCCCAUUUCACCUCCAAUUCCACUUCCAUUUCACCUCAAUUUCUCUCCCAUUUCACCUCCCAUUUCACCUCCAAUUCACCUCCCAUUCGAUUCCCAUUUCACCUCCAAUUCCACUCCCAUUUCACUCCAAUUUCACCUCCAAAUCACCUCCAAAUCCACUCCCAUUCCACUCCCAUUUCACCUCCAAUUUCACCUCCAAUUCAACUCCCAUUUCACCUCCAAUUUCACCUCCAAUUCCACUCCCAUUUCACCUCCAAUUUCACCUCCAAUUCCACUCCCAUUUCACCUCCAAUUUCACCUCCAAUUCCACUCCCAUUUCACCUCCAAUUUCACCUCCAAUUCCACUCCCAUUUCACCUCCAAUUCCACUCCCCUCCCCUCCUUCCCGGCCCUCUCCUCUCUCCCUCACCCCCCACUGAAUCCACCACGUGGUGGUGGCUCUUUCCACAGGAGCUGCAGCCUCUCCCGUGUGUGCAAGUCGGGGGGGGGGCUGUACAGUACUGUACUGUAUGUACUGUAUGUACUGUAAUAAUAAAUAAAUAAGGUCGGUGCAAAUCUACAGCAGACCUCCUUCCUGAGA